AUGGUGGGCACUGGGGACUCGCUCAUUGCCAAUGACCCGUCCACGCCGCUGCGCACCCUGCCGGGGCUCUGCGAGGACUACUGCCUGGACAUGUGGCAGACCUGCCGGGGCCUGUUCCGCCACCUGUCGCCCGACCGCAAGCUCUGGGCCCUGGAGGGCGACCGUGCCAAGUUCUGCCGCUACCUGUCCCUGGACGACACGGACUACUGCUUCCCUCGCCUGCUGGUCAACGAGAACCUCAAUGCGAACCUGGGCCGCGUGGUGGCCGACGCCAAGGGCUGCCUGCAGCUGUGCCUGGAGGAGGUGGCCAACGGGCUGCGCAACCCCGUGGCCAUGGUCCACGCCCAGGACGGCACCCACCGUUUCUUCGUGGCCGAGCAGGUGGGGCUGGUGUGGGCCUACCUGCCCGACCGCUCCCGGGUGGAGAAACCCUUCCUGAACAUCAGCCGGGCGGUGCUCACCUCGCCCUGGGAGGGCGACGAGCGGGGCUUCCUGGGCAUGGCCUUCCACCCCCGCUUCCGGCACAACGGCAGGCUCUACGUCUACUACUCGGUGGGGGUCGACUUCCACGAGUGGAUCCGCAUCAGCGAGUUCAGGGUCGCGGAGAACGACACGAACGCCGUGGACCACAGCUCUGAGAGGAUCAUCCUGGAGAUUGAAGAACCAGCGGCGAACCACAACGGGGGCCAGCUGCUCUUUGGGGACGAUGGGUACCUCUACAUCUUCACCGGAGAUGGCGGGAUGGCCGGAGACCCCUUUGGGAAGUUUGGAAAUGCCCAAAACAAGUAUGUCCUGCUUUCGGCUGGCUGGUGGACCGUGGAGCGCGGCGGCAACUACGGCUGGCGGGCCCGCGAGGGCUUCGAGUGCUACGACCUGAAGCUGUGCGCCAACGCCUCCCUGGAUGAUGUGCUGCCCAUAUUCGCCUACCCACACAAGCUGGGCAAGUCGGUCACCGGCGGCUACGUGUACCGGGGCUGCGAGUACCCCAACCUGAACGGCCUCUACAUUUUCGGCGAUUUCAUGAGUGGGCGCCUGAUGUCCCUUCGAGAGAGCCCAGGGCCGGGCCAGUGGCAGUACAGCGAGCUCUGCAUGGGCCGCGGCCAGACCUGCGAGUUCCCGGGCCUCAUCAACAACUACUACCCACACAUCAUCUCCUUCGCAGAGGACGAGGCUGGGGAGCUGUACUUCAUGUCCACGGGCGUGCCGAGUGCCACAGCAGCUCGUGGGGUCAUCUACAAGAUCAUCGACCCCUCCAGACGGGCACCCCCCGGCAAGUGUCAGAUCCAGCCCGCCCAGGUGACGGUGAAGAGCCGCCUCAUCCGCUUUGUGCCCAAAGAAAAGUUCAUCCGGAGGACUGAGAGCACCCCACGGCCCACAGCGCCUUGCAGGCACAGGGGCCUGGGCACGCACAACUGCAGACACGAGGAGGACGCGGGUGUCAUAUGCAGCCAUGAGGACCCCGACCGUGGGUGAGGGUAGGGGUCCGGCCCGGCUGUCCUGCCUCGGGUCGGAGCCUGGCAGGGCCCUCUGCCCGUGUGUGCCUGGGGCGUGUGCCGGAGGGAGGGUGGAGGUGGCCAUGGGUGUGGUGUAGAGGGUGGCGCAUCUGAAUGCGGCCCUCACUGAGCUGUGCACGGUGCACGGUGUUCUCUGUGUGUCCCUGCUCACGUGUCCCGUGUGUGCGGGGCCCGGGGCCCUGCAGGGUUGGUCCUGGUCUUUUCUUACCUCCGAGCAGCAGCAUGAACACCGUGGGGCCUGGGGACCCUGAGCACUGAGGGCAGCCACCCUUUAAGGACAGACAUGGCCCCUGGCUGUGUUAACAGAGGCCCAGCUGGUGGACCGAGGGAAGGGACCAGGCCUGCCCCGCCAGGGCUGGAGCAGAAGGUCCCAGAGCAGCCGAGGAAUGUGUGGCUGAGGAGUGUGGCCCCGCAGUCAGGCGCUGCGGAGAGCGGGAAGGCAUCGGUGGGACCGUGGCUGUCCCCGGGAGGGUCAGGCUCCCUGGGAGGAAGCA